AUGCAUGUCCUCGCUCCAGGUUCCAGCCUCGUCAACGCGACCGGCGCGCCAACAAAUAGCCCUGUUCAAGCCACGCUCCAGGCACCAGCUGAGCGCGCGCCGCCAGGAAAGCGACGCAUUCGGCUGCCCAUUCAGCCCCUAAGCGAUGCCAGCAACGCGCCGGACGCGCUCGGAAGGGCCACGCCGACAGCUAACGCGCCCCAUACACUCGCCACUGCGAACCGCCAGGUCGCUCUCCGGAAGCUUGCCACCAAAGGCGACGCGACAGCGCAACAACAAUCCCACGCCCGUGCCGGUGAGACCAACCGGGCAUCGAGCCCGCUGGAUGCCUCCGAGGGGUGUUCUGCGUCACAGCCUUCCUUGGCCAGUGCCGAUGAGAGCUGCCGGGCCAUCGACCCGCAGUAUGCCAUCGAAGGGGCCAAUCGGCCGACACCACAUCCACGUACGCUCGCCAAUGCGACCCGCAGGACACACGUCCCGCAGCUUGCCGUUGUCGAUUGUUCCGUAGGCCGAGACGAGCACGGCCACCAGGCCCGGAACCAGCCGCACUCAUCAACAGAGCGCGAUAUUAUGACCCAACCCCCUCCUGCGGAGGCGAACCGAGCCGCCCAGCCCGCCGUGAUCGGUGGGGCUGCUCCACUAACGGAGCCGCACACGCGCAUCGACGGAAACGGCAGCGCGCCGACGUCGCACCAUCCCCUCCUCAGACUCCGCCAAGCUCCAUCUGAGGCCGAACUGCAAGCUGCACACGCCAACGGCGCCGCGCGCGCCCGCCUAUGGGACUCGAUCCGAUAUACCUCGCUCGCAUCCACGUUCCGGGCCGUCGGGUUGAAAUUGCCGCCACGGCAGGCAGCUGAGACGAACCCUCCAAUCCUGAACAAACCGCUGCCGGCGGCGAUGUCAGAAUACAUUCGCCGCGUCCGUCCAUCGCUGCCCGAAUUUGUGGAGCUGGUGCGCGGCCAAACCGCGGCCGAUUACCGCCCCAACAAGGCCUUGGUUCUGGCCGUCCUCGCCCACCACUGCAAAGGGUACAAGCACCUGGACGCACUACUGAAGAUCGCCGCCGAAGGAGUACGCGUCCGGCUUACCAAACCGCUUCUCCGUCAGUCGCGGUUUCCGCGCAACCAUCCGUCCGCCUCCGCUCGAAUCAACGUCCUGCGGGCCAACAUCCGACGGGAGCAGGACCUCAUGCGCUGCCUCGUCGUGGACGCCGACAUCAUCAAGAUAUGGCCAGAGAUCUUUACCAGCCCGUUCGGUGUCGUCGCCAAAGGCGAUGAAGACCCGCGUACCUCCGGCCGGACAAUUCACGAUCUCUCUCAUCCUGACGGCGCCUCGGUCAAUUCACACACCGACACGGUCGAUGUGCCCGACCCAACGUUCGAGCACUGCUCCAGUGUGGCCCGGGAGAUCACCCGCUGCCAACUCGAAGAUCCUGAUCGCGAUGUACUCGUCAUGGCUGGGGACGUCGCAUCCGCAUACCGCAACGCGCACACCCACAGCGAAAGUGUCUACAUGUUCGCAGGAUACCUUCCGGAAGACAACGCCAUCAUCCUCGACUUGGCCGCAGCUUUCGGCUGGACAGGGUCUGCCGGCACUUACAGCGUUUUGGGUGGAGCUGUCGCCUACAUCCACGGAUCCACCAGCACCGACGACCUGCCGACGGGCUUCUACAACUACCACUGGGUCGACGACCAUGUCAACGUGGUGUCCGACAUCGAGUCACGGUGCGCAACCGUCGAACGUUCACUACGCUUCGCGAUGACGGCGGUCAUGGGCCCAGCCGCCGUCAAUGACAAGAAAUUCACGGAUUGGAGCACCCGCCAAAAAGUACUCGGGUUAGUCUUUGACACCAAGGCCUCCACUGUCGCGAUGCCCACAACGAAAAUCGCGAAGGCCCAGCGGAUGAUCGGCCACGCCUGUCAAGCUGCCACACUCACGCGCCAAGAAUUUCGCUCCUUGCUCGGCUCCCUUCGACACGUUGCAACCUGCGUGCACCCCGCCCAGGCGUUUCUCCAACGGCUUCGCCUCGGUGAGCGAGCCCUGCACCGAUGCGCUCGUGUCAAGAUCACGAGUCCAAUGCGCGAUGACCUCACGUGGUGGCGGUACAUUCUCAACUCGCCAGCGCUGAACGGAGUUCCGCUGGAAUAUUUCAAUUCGCUACCAGAGCCAGACAUCACGGUUAUCACAGACGCAUCGGAUGCCGGGAUCUGCGCCCUCGUUCCAAAGUCUAAACUGGCUCUCACCUACCAGUUCUCCGUCGAAGAGCAGACCCUGGUCCAAGCGUUCAACGGCGGGGCCAACAACCAUUUCGACAUCAACUACCGCGAGCUCCUAGCAUGCGCCUUCGCCGUCCAGACAUGGGGCCCAGCGUGGCAGCGAUCCCAACCCAAGGCAAGUCCACUGCACAUCCACUUCCGGACAGACAACACAUCCGCGAUCGCGUGGCAGGCGAAAAUGUCGUCUAAGAACCAACGGGCGCAGCUCUUGAUCCGGCUCCUCUGUCUAUGGGAGCACUACCGGGAUCCCAGCCCUCGAAGCCGCCGGGCACAACAUCUGCGCGAGCACUCCAUCGCCGACUCUUCCUUCAACGCCUACGCGCGAGCGUUCAAGCGCUGGUCCCGAUGGAGCGCCCGCCAGGGCGUCGUCUGGAGCCCCGAUCUCCCCUUGACCACCCAGCUCCGGCACAUUUCAGAAUUCAUCGUCGAUUGCGCCUUCAGCGGCCAGAGGUCCCCCGCGUCCAUCGCAAUGCUGGAGGCAUGCUUCUCAACGCUCGACCUCCUCAACCCCGCGGACCAAGCUCUAUGGGGGGUUCUGUGCCUGUCCUUCUUCUUCUUACUCCGGCGGUCCGAGAUCAUAGCUGUCACAUCCUCGAGCUUCCGCUGGUUCGCCCUCAAAGGCGGCGAAAUAGCCGUGGUCGACAUCGACGGCACCACAACCGAAGACCCCGAGUCGGCGUCCGCAGUGCGGAUCCAACUCAGCGGCUCCAAGACAAACCAGAAUGGCGCACCAACGGUCCGCAUGCUCACGCGCUCCGGGCACCGCCACCUGUGCCCAGUCCUCGGUGCCUUGCUCCUGACUCAAGCCCGUCGCGGCCUCCCACCGGACAUCCCGGCAGCCGUAUUCAUCAACCGCCACGGCCGGCCCGACUGCGUGACCGCAUCGCGCGUAACGAGUGCCAUCCGCGACGCGGCCCGCGCCGUGGGCGAAGACCCGACACGAUUCGGCACGCACUCACUGAGAGCCGGCGGCGCCACCAACAUGUACCGCGCCGGAGUCGACACUCUCACGAUCCAAUUCCACGGUCGCUGGGCUUCCGACGCUUUCAAGCUCUACACAAGACUGUGCAGCGAGUCGGUCGCCGGGAUUGCCAGCAAGAUCGUCAGCGGGGCCAAGACGUCGACCGCGUUGCAGAGGGAUUGA